ACAGAUAUAAUUGUUGAUCAACAAAAUCAUUCGAUCAUCAUUGCUGAUCCAGGGAACAGACGAGUAGUUCGAUGGUUGAAUCAAAAUCAAGAAACUCUUAUUAAGAAUAUUGACUGCCGUGGCUUGGCAAUAGAUAAACAUGGAUUUCUUUAUGUUUCUGAUUGGUGGAAAGAUGAAGUGAGACGAUGGAAAUUCGGAGAAUAUGACAAAGAAGGAAUUGUAGUGGCAGGUGGAAAUGGGCACGGAGAUCAAAUUAAUCAACUCAAUUAUCCUACUUUUAUCUUUGUUGACGAACAUCAAUCUGUUUAUGUAUCAGAUUAUAACAAUCGUCGUGUGAUGAAAUGGAGAAAAGGUGCAAAAGAAGGUAGAAUUGUGACUGGAGGAAAUCGCAAUCAAUUGUCUCAACCUGAAGGAGUAAUUGUUGAUCAUUUAGGUCAAAUCUAUGUGGCAGAUAGUAAGAAUCAUCGAGUAAUGCGUUGGUGUGAAGGAAAAGAAGAAGGUGAAAUAGUUGUUGGUGGAAAUGGAAAAGGAAUUCAAUCAAAUCAAUUAAAUAGUCCCAAUGGUUUAUCUUUUGAUGAUGAAGGAAAUCUUUAUGUUGCUGAUUUUGAAAAUCAUCGAGUUGCAAAAUUUGAUAUAAUUUUGUGA